UAAUUUGUUUUUUCUUUCUGACCCCCCAAAAACAUUAAAUUCAAUUUCCAUGCCAUAACGUGAAUGAUACUAAUAAAUACACGGAAAAAGAAACCGAAUAACAGUCGGAGCCUAUUGUUUUCUUCUCAGUUUCUUCUUGGCUCAGUUCUCCUUCCUGCACUUAUCCCAUAUUCCAUGGAGAGCGAGGGAUUCUUGAUGGGUAUGUGUUUGCGGAUUUGCAGUCUGUUUCUUGGAGAAAUUGUUUGUGUUUGAGCUGAUGGGCUCGGAGAGCACGUUUUCUGCUCAGAAGCGCAACACCGGCGUGCUCCCGACGACGACAGCCACCGCAGCACGUGGUCGUGCGGCGUCGACCCUCCCCCGGGGGCGGCAGAUGAAUAAGACCUAUAACAACGUUAAGAUCACCAUUCUCUGCGGCUUCGUCACUAUCCUCGUAUUCCGGGGUACCAUAGGCAUCAGCAACCUUGUGUCCACCGAAGCCGAAGCUGAGAACCAGCAUCUCAUUGAGGAGACGAAACGGAUUCUGGCGGAGAUCCGAUCCGACCCGACGGACCCGAAUGAGGGGCUCGAAGAAUAUCUCGAGUUGAAUGCUACUUUCAGGCUGGGGCCUAGAAUUAGUACGUGGGACAAAGAUCGUAAGGUAUGGCUUCGGAAGAACCCGAAGUUCCCGAAUUAUGUUAAUGGCAGACCUAGGAUUUUGCUUGUGACUGGGUCGCGGCCUAACCCGUGUGAUAAUGCGGUUGGGGAUCAUUAUUUGUUGAAAGCUCUGAAGAAUAAGAUUGAUUACUGUAGAAUUCAUGGGAUUGAGAUUGUUUAUAAUAUGGCUCAUUUAGAUAAGGAAAUGGCGGGAUAUUGGGCCAAGUUGCCAUUGCUUCGUCGCUUGAUGUUGUCUCAUCCUGAAGUGGAGUGGAUAUGGUGGAUGGAUAGUGAUGCUUUUUUCACUGAUAUGGUGUUUCGGAUACCUGUUAUGAAGUAUAGGGAUUAUAAUAUGGUUAUACAUGGGUAUCAAGAUUUGUUGUUCAAUCAGAAGUCGUGGAUUGCAUUGAACACAGGUAGUUUCUUGUUUCGGAACUGCCAGUGGUCGUUGGAUUUGUUGGAUUCUUGGGCACCUAUGGGGCCGAAGGGUCCGAUUCGUGAUGAGGCUGGGAAGAUUUUGACUGCUAAUUUGAAGGGCCGGCCGACAUUUGAGGCAGACGAUCAGUCUGCAUUGAUAUAUUUGCUGAUUACGCAGAAGGAUCAAUGGAUGAACAAGGUUUUUGUCGAGAACUCGUUUUAUUUGCAUGGGUUUUGGGAGGGGCUGGUGGAUCGCUAUGAGGAGAUGAUUGAGAAGUAUCAUCCGGGCUUGGGUGAUGAGAGGUGGCCGUUUGUGACCCAUUUUGUUGGUUGCAAGCCCUGCGGGAGUUAUGGGGAUUACCCAGUUGAGAGGUGUUUGAAGAGCAUGCAGAGAGCUUUCAACCUUGCCGAUAAUCAAGUUCUGAACUUGUAUGGGUUUAGGCAUAGGGGCUUGGUGAGCCCAAAUAUUAAGAGGAUCAGAAAUGAAACUGUUCCGCCGUUGGUAAAUGUAGAUCAGUUUGAUAUUCGACAUAUGGUGAACCAAGGCAGUGGAUAUAGGAGCUAGCUAGUCUGGCAUCACCUGCAAACAACAAUAUGCUGUUUGUCUGCUUCCAUUCAGGAGGGUGGAUCAAGGAAAGUCGGUUCACAAUUACAUAAAAAACUCAUGGUUGGAGCUGUUCUUGGUUCAAAAUUACACAAAAACCUCAUGUUUGGAGCUGUUCUUGGACUUCAUCUCGAUGUACCGUCUUUUUAAUUUUUUUCAUGGUGAUUUAUCAUUUCAUUUAUUUAGGAAUAGUGUAAAUUGCCUGUAGAGUCUCCAGCGAUUUCUCCCAUUUUCUUUUACUUGGUGUGUGAAUUUGAGCACACCGUAUUCGCUGCAGCUGUGAGAUGUUUGACAGAAAGAUACAUAUUCAAGGACUGGCAGAAGUUGAUAGCUUGUAGAAGUCCAAUUAAUUAGAUUCAUUCUUCCCUUUUAGCCAGUGCUACUGUGGAUUUUUUGUGCUACACUCCCAUGUCGGAGUGCACAGGGAAUAAUUUUGAUAUUUAUCUUUCCUGUAAAUGAUCUUUUUACUACUUUGACGACUAUGCGCUUGUCCUUGUUCUCAAAUUGGUGCAUUGACCUAAGGCACUAGACUGCCCUGCUAUAUCAGAGGGAUACACCAAAUUGCCACAACGUUUAU